CAUCAGGCACACGGAGUCUCGCCGGUGGUACAGCGGGUCGCGACCCUCCACUAAAAUAUCAUUGGCAUAAGCUACUCCAUUUCUAUUAAUUAAACGUGACUUUUCAAUCGCCAGUUUCAAGGAGAUACGAAAUAGGCGGUCACCUCGUCAAGGAAGAAAUGAUGACAUAUAAAUUUUACAAUUAAAUCAUUGUUUUGUCAUUAACAACAAAUUAUUUAGUCAACAAUGGAGACUAACAACGUUAACCGGGCUCAAACGGAAAUACGACCUCCAGUUCCAGGCGUAGUAGGGCCUGAAGUGCCUGGGCCUGCACAGUUUCCACCCCGUCCUCCACUGAACCGAGCCGACUCCCGAUCAGGCUUUCCACCAGCUUCACUGAGACCUGCUGCUCCACCUCAGCCUCAACAAAGGCCUCAAUUUCAACCUGGUGGACCAGUCGCAGGUCCACCCCAGUUUGCUCCCAGGCCUGGUCCUCUACCUCCACGUGGUAUAGCGCCUCCUGGUCCUCAGCAAAUUCGAACUCAACAACCGCUGCGUCCUUCUGGUCCUCAAUCAUUUGCGCCUCAGCUGGGUCCCAGACCGCUUCAGUCACCUGCACCAGUUCAGCCAUCGCCAAGAGGCCUGCCACCUACUAAUCUACAGUUUGGCCCUAGACCUACACCACAGAUUGCCGGUGCCAUCACGCCCGACGGUGCCAGGCCCCCACCACAAUUACCACAACAAUCGAAUAACGGCAUACCUAAAAGCGGAACAUUUCAGAACCCUGCUACCGGGCCACUUUCACGGCAGUCGUCUCAAGGUUCUUUAAAAGGCCUAGAUAUUUCAAACCCAAUUCAAAAUAAAACAGCAAAUCUGGAUAACCAAGGUAUAAUCACAAACCUAAAUGACAGUAAACCUGAAAAUGGCACAGAUGCGCUGGGUCCGAAAGGAAGAAGUUACAGUAUUGCAGCAGCUCCCGGAGCGCCGAGCCCACUCAAGGUUGAAGAUGACCGGAGAAAAUCUGUCAGUUCUAUUGGAGGCACAUCACUGGACUACGCCAGUCGAAGUCCCGGUCUUGGGCUAAUACAAGAAGGAAAGUUUGAUAGUCAAGAAAAUGUACGUAGUUCAGUAGGCAACAUAAAACCUGGAUUAGCUAAUGAUCCUAAAGAUAUGAUCGACCGACCGGAGUCACGAAUGUCCGGAUCAAAAAUGUCCGACUCAUUUAUUGGUUCACUACCGACUGCAAUACCGAAAAAGAAGUUAGAUGAUGACGAUGAUGUAGUUUUGCAAACCAAUUUAACACCUGCUAAAAAUGUUUCGGAAAAUAUUACAAAUCAGACCAGAACUGAUCCAUUUGAUCGUUCUCCAUCUUUGACACGCAGUGAUGAUUCACCAGAACUGAAGCAAAAGACUACCCCAAGCCCAGUAAUAUCUAAUAAAUCCCACAGUGUUACUCCAGAACCACAACGACCUAAGACGCCAAAAGUGGAGACAAAACCAGAAGCGCGAUUUGAACAAAGCAGAGAAGCAAAACCUGUAGUAACACCGGCACCAAAAACUAAAUCUCCCAUUGUGGAUGCAAAGCCUCCUUUGGCUGUACAUAAACCCACAGAACUAAAUAUGGCUUCAUCAGACUCCAAAAAAUCUAUCACACCCAAAAGAAUAGCUUCUGCUCCUAAAUCACGUCCUAAAGAUGGUGACAACGACAGUGGUGUGGAUGAAUCUACCCAAGGAAAUGAUCUCAACGGAUCUCCUGGGUCUCCAAACAAGAAAAAUGCGAGCAAGUUACCCACUAAAGAAAAAUCAAGCAGCAGUCUUAAGCCAAGUCUUUCGCGGUCAUCUAGCAAAAGUGCGACGGCCAAAACACCAGAAAACCCACAGCCUACUGAAAAAAAGAAAGUACCUAUGAACAAGAUCCAAGUGGGAAAUGCUCCAUCGCCAAAUAUUAAAACAGUGAAAUCAAAGAUUGGAUCUUUGGACAACGCGACGUACAAGCCUGGCGGGGGUAAAGUCAAGAUAGAAAACAGAAAGCUCGAAUUCAAAGCGGCUCCUAGAAUUGCUGCUAAGAAUGAAACUUAUACUCCAAGUGGUGGAACUAAGAAGAUUACAACAACAAAAUUGGAGUGGAACGCUAAAUCGAAGAUUGGAUCCCUAGAAAAUGCUGCGUACAAGCCAGGCGGUGGAGAUAAGAAAAUCGAAACUGUGAAACUGGACUUCAAGGAUAAAGCCAAGCCUAAGGUUGCAUCUACAGUAAACAUAACUCACAAACCUGGGGGCGGUGCCAUUAAGCCAACAGUUAUAGCUAAGAAAGGGACGAGAGGAGAUCACUAUUACAUGUCAGUGCAUGAGUGGUCGGAGGAGCCGCGGCCGCUGACGCGCUGCCGCUCCGCGCGCGCGCCGCACACGCCCCGCACUCCGCGGGCCCUCUCCCCCCGCAAGCACGCCGAAGACUACGAGGACGAGGACCGUAUCAUAAGGAACAACGAGAGGAACAGGCGUGCUUCCUUGGCGCGCCCAGCGAGCGCCAGAGCGCCGAUGCGCUCGGCCUGUCGUCCGACAUCACUAGCGCAGCGCCCCGCGUUCAGGGUUUAUUAAGAUUCACGUAGAUGACGUUUUGUUUUCCUAAUAGAAUGAUUGACAAUUCCAAAAUUUGACUACCAAAUGUAACCCAUGAAAAGGUCGAUUUUUGGGAAUCAAAUUAAUACAUAUAAGACUUGCGAACCCAUGGUACUCUCUUUAUGAAAAGUAAUUAAAAAGGAAUAAGUAAACUUCAAUCAUUCUACUAAAAAACAAAACAGAGCAUUGAGUCAUAUUAUAUUCGAGUGGCACUUAGCACAAUCUUAAAACCUCAAAUAAUUUAAGGGGCUAACGAGCGUCGAGUCACAUUUUAUACAUACCUGCGUGUAAUGCUAAAGGAGGAAUAGGUAUGUUGAAGAACGCUUAGCAAGCCGGCUGAAUCAGUUUUAAGGAUGGAGCGAUUUUAUUAAAUUGUGAUUUUCGAGUUAACCACUGAAGCGAGCAAUAAUAUAUAAUAUAGGUAGGUAUUGUUCAGGGGUGUUCUAAUUUUAAUAACAAGAUAUGAAUUAGAUCAGAUUCAUAUCUAAUACAUAUCCUAUUAGUAAAAUGAUAAUACGCCUGGUUAAAGGGGAAUGAUGAGAUAUGAUGUGCUAUACAUGUGCUAUACAUACAUACCAAUUUAUAUGCGUUGUUCAGUUACUAACUUUUGCAACUAACCCGAGAUGAAUUGAAGAUGAGUUUUAUUAUUUAGAAAUAACAAACUACUAUCCAUCCUGAGUCUGGCCAAAAAAAUCAUGUAGAUUUUAUGUUUUAUAAUAGAUUUAAGAAUCACAUUUCCGUCCUUUUUCAAAAUUUAUAAUGAAGAAUAUUAUAACUGAACGCAUAACGGACCAUUACUAUUUUUAAGAUAAACAAAAUUAUCACUGUGGAUAACUAAGUACCUAAAUCGUUAGUUAAAAGUUUGUAUGGCAAACGACUACCGACAUUAAACAUAUUAUUAAUCAAAAUCAAUUAAGUAAUUCAAGAAUAAAAAAGAAAAUAGGUAGGUACAUAGUUUUUCUUAUUCCUGUACUCAGUAAGACAUCAGUCCUGAAAAAAAAAUCAGAAUGGGAAUUCAAGGGUCUUCAACUAUUCAUGUACCUACCUUCCUAAUUUUGAGUGUGACAAAUCUUUUGAUUCUGAUAUCAUAAUGAGAAUCUCUUCGUUUACAUGCAAGUUUUCUAAAACAAACAGUAGGUAUUACGAUAUUUAAAACUCGAUUAAGUAAUUCAUAUACAAUGCUUUUAUUGUUAUCAGCAGUCAAGGUAAAAUUUGUUGAAUUACGAGUAUGUAGGUUUCAAAUGUUUAGUAGGUACAACCAAUUAGAUUAGUAUCGUUAGGAAUAGUUGUAGGUAUAUACUCGUAUAAUUUUGCACAAAAAUGAUUAGAAUUGCGUGGCCAUAGAGUAUUCAAAAUGAAUAAUGAAUUCUAUAUAUACUGGUAAGGCGGAUAUUUCUGCUAGGUAAUUAAAUUUCAAAUUAAACCGAUUGAAUAUAUAUAUAAUUUGGGGGCCUAUUCGACACUUCAGAAUGACAGGUUAUGCCAUGGAUGCAAUAUGCCAGUACCUAGUCACAUUAGUGUGAAUUUAUAAGCGAUUAAUUAGUGGCGAUGGCGAGUCACGACCUGUCACUUAGAUAAUUCGAAUAGUCCCCUUGAUCUAUCACACUAUCGGAAUGUCUCUCUGAUUAGGCCAAGCAAUAAGAAGUUAUAGAGGGAAAUGCUAGGAACACAAUUUUUGACUACGUAACUUUGUUUGGACUAGUUAGGAGGUGAACAUAUCAAAAGUCCCCGGCCGUAGCCCGGGUGCUGGGGGGUAGAGGGGGGAAAGAAGGUCUCAUUUUUCGGCUUUUCACUUAUAUCUUGGAAAUUUUGCAUCUUAGCGACAUGACUACUAAGACAAACCAAAAGCUGAUAAAAUUUGUUACAAGUUUUAUUCAGACAAGUUUUUCGAUAUCUUGAAUAGUUUUUGAGAUAUCCGCUCUUGAAAGUUUAUUUAGGGCUUUCAAUUUUAUCUUGAUAUCUACAUUAGUGACGCUGCUAGACCGUGUUUGGUAUCAUUUUCGUAUAAAUCGGGGGUGCUGAAUUCAGUUUUGGUAUCACAUUGACACCAUUCCUAAGAAAAAACAUAUAAACUUUAAACAAAUACCUUUUUUUUUUAAUUCCUCUUCACGCUUAAACCGCUCAACCGAUUUAAUUGAAAUUUGGUAUACAGAUAUUUCGAGUCCCAAGACAGGACAUAAGAUACUUUUUAUCUCAAUAAUCAUCCUUUAAAGUUGUGAAAUGGAGUAUGGGGGGAAUUCAACUUCGUCGACGAAACUGAAUUCCUGAGGUUAAUACUGCUCAAGGUAAGGUUUGAAGUCAUGUUUGGUAUCACUUUCAUCUAAAUCACAGAUGUAUUCCGUCCUAAAUUUCAUCUAAACCGGUUCAGCGGUUAUUGACUCCCCAUACAAACUUCCACCCCACUUUUCACACCCUCAAAAGAUGCUUUUGGUUAUAAAAACUAUCCUAUGUCAUGUGUCGAGAUUUAAACUAUUUCUAUACCAAAUUUCAACGAAAUUGGUUCAGCGGUUUAAGCGUGAAGAGGGAUUUAAAAAAAUAUUUAUUUUUAAAUUUUGGUUUUACUUCGUAAUUUUGUCAAUGUGAUACCAUAAAUGAAUUCAGCACCCCCGAUUUAUACGAAAAUGAUACCAAACAUGGCCUAACAGCUUCACUGACGUAGAUAUCAAGAUAAAAUUAAAAUCCCUAAAUAAACUUUCAAGAGCGGGUAUCUCAAAAACUAUUCAUGAUAUCGAAAAACUUGACAGGAUAAAACUUGUAACUAAUUUUAUCAGCUUUCGGUUUGUCUUAGUAGUCAUGUCGCUAAGACGCAAAGUUUCCAAGAUAUCAAUGAAAAACCGAAAAAUUCGACCUUCUUACCCCCCUCUACCCCCCAGCAGCGGGGCUAAAGCCGGGGACUUUUGAUAUGUUCACCUCCUAACUAGUCCAAACAAAGUUACGGAGUCAAAAAUUGUGUUCCUAGCAUUUCCCUCUACAACGUUUUUUGAGCAUUCAUUUCUUGACCUAGAUCCUUUUCAAGACGUUAAUGAUUUUAAAUAUUACUUUUGUAUUAUAUUAAUUAUUUGAAUAAUCAUUAAAUGUUGAUUUGGAUUGUAUUUAAUUCGAAAUUGAAAACAUGUAAUUUUAUUAAACUCAAAUUAUCUAAUAGUUUUAAAACUCAAAUUAGGUAAUUAUACGUUCAGUACCUAUCACAUGUUUAUGGAUCUGUGUGUAGUUAUUAAUUUCAAGCUAGCAAGUGUAGUACUUAGAUUGUAAAUGUGAGCAACUUUUAAGGAUUGAGCAAUAAAGUGAUUCACCCACACACUAA